AUGGGCGGCAUGGCGAGCCAAAACGUGCUGAAUUUGGCGGAUGCAGCCAUGGUGGGGAGGUUGGGCACCGCGAGCGUCGCGGCGGUGGGGCUGGGGAGCACGAUGAAUUUUCAGUGCCAAGCGGCGCUUCAGGGCGUGGCGAGCGGCGUCCAGGCGAUGGCGGCGAGACGAAUGGGUGAGGGGAGAUACGACGAAGUCGCGCGACCGUUGAACGCGGCUUUGAUAUUAGUGUGUUUGAUGGGGGUGCCACUGGCGAUAUUGGCGUUUGUUUACGCGGACGCGCUGGUUCCGCUGUACACGACGGACGCGAGCGUGGUGGCCAACGCGGUGCCGUAUUUACGAGCUAGAGUGCUGGCGGUGCCGGCAGUGGGGAUCAAUUUCGCAUUCAGAGGAUUUUGGAACGCGAUUCAACAGCCGCAGGUGUACAUGAACACGUUGAUCGUCAUGCACACGGUGAAUUUCACGCUGUCGUUGAUUUUGACAUUUGUGGGCGUGCCCCAGUUGGGCGUGCCCCCGCUCGGAGCUCUGGGCGCGGGAUUGGGGACGAGCUUUAGUAUCUGGUGUGGGACGGCGAUGUACAUGUAUCAAGGGAUGAAACGGGCGACGAAACUUGGAUUCUUACAAAAGAGACCGACGAUGGCGGAUUUGCGCGUGCUCGCCACGCAGGCGUUGCCGACGUCGGUGACCAACUUGCUGUACGCGUCGGGCAUGAUGACGUUGUAUUCAAUUGUCGGGCGCCUCGGCACGACGGAAGUGGCGGCGGUGAACGUGCUCAUCAAUCUGAUGUUAUUCUUGAUCUUGCCGUGCAUGGGUAUGGGUCUCGCCGCCGGCGCGCUGAGCGGUCGAGCGCUCGGUCGAGGGGACGUGGAAGACGCCAAGCAGUGGCCGUGGGACGUCGCGAAAAUCACCGCUCUUUUGAUGUCCGUCGUCGGCUUCGGCCUCGCGUUGUGCCCUCGAGUGGUUUUAGGGGUGUUUUUGACGGAUCCACACGCGGUGGACAUCGCGGUGACCCCGCUUCGCAUGACGGGUCUCACCGUGUGCGGCGACGCCGUCAGCCUGACGAUGCAAAACGCUCUCCUGGGCGUCGGCGACGCCAAGCGCGUGGCGCUCGUGAGCAUCCUGAGUCAAUGGGCACUAUUUUUACCCUCAGCCUACCUCGCCGUCGCGGUGUUCGACCAAAAUCUCACCGUCGUUUGGACUCUGUACGUCGCCUACAGAUUCAUCCAAGGCUUGGUGUACGCCAACAUUUGGCGAGGCGGCGCGUGGGCGAAAAUCAAGCUCGCGUAG